AUGUCAUAUGGGCAUGCUUCGGUCACGUCUGACCGCUCCAACGGCGCCGCUGGGGUCGGUGCGCAGCUGAUGGACUGGCGCGCGAGUAUCGCUGUGGAGGGAUCAAAGCGCAUGCAGCGGAACUACGAGUACAAGAUCGCGACACUGCACUCACGCGUGGCGACACUGGAGCGGGAGGUCGAAGACGGUCGUGAGCGGGAGCAGAAAUGGGUGGAGGGUGAGGCGUGGGAACGGGCGCGGGAGAAGGAGGCGGAGGCGCUGCAGACGCGUGUGGACAAUGACGAGUUGCGCAUCUUGCCAGACCGCUGUGAAGAGCUCGAGGCAGGGCGUGCGGGCGGCGGCCAGCCCCUCAGGCUAAACCCGAGAUCAUUGAUCACCCUCAAGAAGUAUAAGCGCAAGUAUGAGCAAGCCAAGAUGGAGCUGCGGAGUGUCAAGGACAUCACAGCUCUUCCUGCAGGUGCCCCGCGUGGAUGA